UCUCAUCAUUUCAACUUCUCAAUAAAUCACUUGCGCGCGCUCUCUGUCUCUCUGUCUGUCUCUCGCUCUCUUCUCUGAAUACGCAAUUAAUAAAGCGGCCUCCGAUUUUCUUUUAUUUCGUAGUCUAAACAUAAUGGAUGCAGGAUCAAUGAGUUCUUCGUCUAAGUUGAAGUCAGAGUCAAGCUGGCCUCUUCGACAACAACUUCUUCAGGAAAGGAAUUCUAGGGAAAAUCUGGACAGGUUCAUCCCCAACAGAUCAGCGAUGGAUUUUGAUUUUGCACACUUUAUGCUGACUGAAGGUAGGAAAGUUAAGAAAAACCCAGCUAUGGUAUCUUCCCCAUCCAAUGAGGCCUAUCGGAAGCAGUUGGCAGAGUCCAUGAACAUGAACAGGACUCGAAUCCUAGCUUUCAAGAACAAGCCUCCGGCCCCUGUAGAGCUCUUCCCACGCAAGUUCUCUUCAUUACCACAGGACAAACUGGCAAAGCCCCGAAGGCACAUUCCUCAAACUUCAGAGAGGACAUUGGAUGCUCCCGAUCUUGUGGAUGAUUACUACCUGAAUUUGUUGGAUUGGGGAAGCUGCAAUGUUAUCGCGAUAGCUCUUGCAAACACAGUUUAUUUGUGGGAUGCUACCAAUGGUUCUACUUCGGAGGUCGCCACAUUUGAGGAUGAAGUCGGACCUGUCACCAGUGUGAGUUGGGCGCCUGAUGGACGCAACAUUGCAAUUGGACUGGACAAUUCUGAAGUACAGUUGUGGGAUUCGACUGCUAAUAAGCAGCUGAGAACUUUGAGAGGUUGCCACAGAUCACGAGUAGGCUCUAUUGCAUGGAACAAUCACAUUCUUACAACUGGAGGAAUGGAUGGCUGUAUCGUUAAUAAUGAUGUAAGAGUUAGAUCACACAUUGUUGAGACAUACAGAGGACACGAACAAGAGGUUUGUGCGCUUAAAUGGUCAGCCUCAGGCCAGCAAUUAGCUAGUGGAGGAAAUGAUAACCUCCUCCAUAUAUGGGACAGAUCAGUAGCAUCUUCAAAUUCACCGACUCAGUGGCUUCACAGGCUUGAAGACCAUACAGCUGCAGUGAAAGCCCUUGCUUGGUGUCCUUUCCAGGGCAACUUAUUAGCUUCUGGUGGAGGUGGGGGUGAUCGGUGCAUAAAGUUUUGGAACACCCACACAGGUGCAUGCCUGAACUCGGUUGACACGGGCUCUCAUGUUUGUGCUUUGCUGUGGAACAAGAAUGAAAGAGAGCUGCUUAGUUCACAUGGAUUUACCCAAAAUCAGCUUACUCUUUGGAAGUACCCUUCAAUGGCUAAAAUUGCAGAACUCACUGGCCAUACUUCUAGAGUUCUUUAUAUGGCUCAGAGCCCAGAUGGUUGCACAGUGGCAUCAGCAGCUGGUGAUGAAACACUCAGAUUCUGGAAUGUUUUUGGGGUUCCUGAGGUGGCUAAACCAGCUCCCAAAUCUAACCCUGAGCCUUUUGCUCAUUUCAAUCGUAUCCGCUGAUCAAGAACAUGAGGAAGUGUUCUUCUUUUCAUUUCAUAUGGAGCCUUUUUGCGGCAGUAAUCUUCCUUUGAAAGUGGCUGCUCAAGAUGAUGGAUUGGAAACUCUUCCAAAACUGAUCAUUGAAGCUUUAGAGCUCCUUCACAUUUGAGAGCACCCGCAAAUUAAGCGAAGCAAAUAUCGACAUUCAAUAUGAUCGAACAAACAACCUGUUCGAAUAAAGUGCCAUUCACUUACACCAGCAAGUAACAAUAGCCAGCCAAAGUACAGCCUGCUAGAAACACGGGGCAUCACAGUGUUCAAAACAGGCCGAACAUGAAAUUCAAGGAUGCAUUUGAACAUAGAGUGGAUGAUGCAGACUGACUUCCUUUUGUACCACCAGAGCCAUACCCAGGAUGCUACAAGUUUUUGCCGGAAUGUACCAAACAUAUGACGCCACUGUGUGCUAAAGAGAUCUUCGCCGGUAUGUUCCGCCAUAAGUCUCUCACCAGAAAUUGUUGCAGAACACUUGUGCAUAGUGAUAUGAUUGUCACAAUGGAUUGGUGAAAUUUCUGCUCCUAAAUCCGCGCCUUAAAGAAAAUGCUUCCAAGGCAUAUCCUAAGAGUUUGCAAGUAGGCUAUGGAAAGAGUGUCUCAACUGUUUAUUAAUCUUCUUAAUUACACUAAAUGAUCUGGUCGUUUGUAUGCAUAAACCUUGAACCUACUAAUUAAUUAAAAUAUUUCUAUUUUUCUUAA